AUGGUACUUUUGAAGCGAGGGUAUCGUGUGGAUGCCACAGCGAAGGACGGAAGCACAGCUCUGCAUUUGGCUGCGUACAACGGGCAUAUUGAUGCCUGUCGGGUUCUGAUCGGAGGUGGUGCCGACGUGAAUUCGGUAGAUAACGCCGGUUUGACCGGGUUAAGAAAGGCUGUUCAAAUGAAACACAUAGACGUCACCAAACUACGUUUGCAGUUCGGGGCCAAUGCUCGAACAACGACCAGCUCGAAAACAUUGCUACACAUCACAGUCGAGAAUAGCGCCGAGGAUGUUUUGGAUUUACUUUUGGACCACAUCAAGUGUAUUGAUGCUGUUGAUGAUAAGGGAUUCACACCACUUAUGGUAGCUUCACGAAAUGGGAAAGAUGCGGCAAUUGACCAGCUGCUCGCGUGA